AUGGCUCCGGGGCUCGUAGAACCGGCGGCUCCAGCGGAAUCGACAAGGUCGCUAGCAUCCGUGACAGCCGAUUACGACGAUACCAUACGGUUCUAUCUGAACGGCACAAAGGUUACGCUGGAUGCUGCAGAUCCAGAGGUCACACUGCUGGAGUAUCUAAGAGGCAUUGGUCUCACAGGGACCAAGUUGGGCUGUGCUGAAGGAGGAUGCGGAGCUUGCACUGUAGUCGUUUCUCAAUACAAUCCUACAAGCAAAAAGAUCUACCAUGCCUCAGUAAACGCCUGUCUUGCCCCAGUCAUCAGCGUCGAUGGCAAGCAUGUCAUUACCGUCGAGGGCAUUGGCAAUGUCAAGCGACCACACCCGGCCCAGGAGCGCAUAGCCAAAAGCAACGGCAGCCAAUGCGGUUUCUGCACGCCUGGAAUAGUCAUGAGCCUUUACGCUCUCCUCCGCGAAGAUCCAAAUCCUUCCGAACACAAGGUCGAAGAAGCUUUCGAUGGCAAUUUAUGCCGGUGUACGGGAUAUAGGCCUAUACUGGAUGCUGCGCAGACCUUUAGCGCAGAAAGGGCGUGCGGCAAGUCAUUAGCCAACGGGGGAAGUGGAUGCUGCAUGGAGAAUGGCGCCGUUGGCGGAUGUUGUAAGAACGGCGUUGAUGGCGACUCGCAGCCAGGCAAGACAUUCGAGGCCCCAAGCUUUAUUGAGUAUAAGCCCGAUACAGAGCUCAUUUUCCCUCCAUCACUCCGAAAGCAUAAUUUCAAGCCACUAGCUUUCGGCAACAAGCGCAAGCGGUGGUUCCGUCCGGUGACUCUACAACAGCUUCUGGAGAUAAAGAGUGCCUUUCCGUCAGCUAAGAUUAUCGGUGGAAGCACGGAGACGCAGAUUGAGGUCAAGUUCAAAGGCAUGCAGUACACAGCAUCCGUAUAUGUGGGCGACAUCGAGGAACUGCGACAAUACUCUUUCAAGGAAGAUUGCCUAGAAAUCGGCGGAAACGUUGUUCUUACUGACCUCGAGAACAUCUGUCGGGAAGCUGUCAAGCACUACGGCGAGGCGCGGGGCCAGCCUUUCACGGCCGUUCUUAAGCAGAUCAGAUACUUCGCCGGCCGACAGAUCCGGAAUGUUGGUACGCCUGCCGGGAACCUGGCCACCGCCUCGCCCAUCUCUGAUCUCAACCCGGUGCUGAUGGCCUCCAAUGCGACUAUAGUCGCAAAGUCGCUGAGCAAGACGACCGAGAUCUCAAUGUCUGAGUUCUUCAAGGCAUACAGGGUCACUGCACUUGGGCCAGAUGAGAUCAUUGCAAGCAUACGGAUACCGGCCGCACGAGCGAAGGGGGAAUACCUACGUGCAUACAAGCAAGCGAAGCGGAAGGACGACGAUAUUGCCAUCGUAAACGCUGCCUUACAAGUUACUCUUGACGAUACAUACACCGUGGAGAAGUGCAUGCUUGUUUACGGCGGCAUGGCGCCCGUCACUAUCGCCGCAAAGAAAGCAAUCGAAUAUCUGAGCGGAAAGAAAUGGACAGAUCCGGCCACAAUCGAAGGUGUAAUGAACGCGCUGGAGCAAGACUUUGAUUUGCGGUACGGUGUGCCCGGUGGCAUGGCAACGUUUCGCAAGUCACUUGCACUUGGAUUUUUCUACAAGUUUUAUCACGAGGUCCUUGCAGAGCUACGGCAAGAAGGGACAGAGGUGGACGCCCAAGCUAUUGGCGAGAUUGAGCGGGUGAUCUCUUUCGGACGCAAAGAUCACCAGGCGGCAAAGGCCUAUGAGCAGAAGAUUCUCGGUUCCGAAAGACCACAUGUUGCUGCUAUGAAGCAGUGCACUGGCGAAGCUCAGUAUACCGACGAUAUACCAGUACAACAGAAUGAGCUCUUCGGAUGUCUAGUUCUCUCAACAAAGGCCCAUGCAAGGCUUCUCACGGUCGACCCCUCGCCAGCCAUGGAGCUUCCCGGCGUUGUCGAUUGGGUUGACCGUAAUGACCUUCCAAAUCCCGAGGCCAAUUGGUGGGGCGCCCCUUGCAACGACGAAACGUUCUUCGCUAUCGACGAGGUCUUCACCGCUGGGCAGCCCAUUGGUAUGGUCCUAGCAGAUACGGCGAAGCAUGCAGAAGCUGCUGCGAAAGCAGUAUACGUGCAAUACGAGGAGCUUCCGGCUAUCUUUACCAUUGAGGAAGCUAUCCAGCAUGAGAGCUACUUCGACCACUACCGCUACAUAAACAAGGGCGACACUGAGGCGGCCUUCGCUAAAGCUGACCACGUCUUCACUGGAGUGGCAAGAAUGGGAGGCCAGGAGCAUUUCUAUCUCGAGACACAAGCAUGUGUAGUCGUACCAAAACCGGAAGAUGGCGAGCUGGAGGUUUUCAGCAGUACGCAGAACCCUGCAGAAACACAAAGCUACUGUGCUCAAGUCACUGGUGUUGCUGCAAACAAGGUUACUUGCCGCGUCCGUCGGAUGGGUGGCGGCUUCGGUGGCAAAGAAACGCGUUCGAUCCAGCUAGCUGGUAUCUGCUCGGUUGCCGCUAACAAAACGCGUCGGCCUGUCCGGUGCAUGCUGAAUCGUGACGAGGAUAUCAUGACAUCUGGCCAAAGACACCCGUUCCUCGCUAGGUGGAAGGUUGCGGUCAAUAACGACGGCAAAAUCCAAGCACUUGAUGCUGAUGUCUUCAACAAUGGCGGUUGGAGCCAGGACCUCAGCGGCGCUGUCGUCGAUCGGGCACUUUCCCACAUUGACGGUGUUUACCUUAUCCCGAACAUUUACGUUCGAGGUCGAAUAGCCAAAACCAACACAGUGUCCAACACAGCUUUCCGUGGCUUCGGCGGCCCUCAGGGUAUGUUCAUCGCCGAGUCGUACAUGUCAGAAGUAGCCGACCGUCUCGGUAUACCUGUUGAAAGGUUUCGAGAGAUCAACAUGUACAAGCCAGGUGAGGUGACGCACUUCAAUCAAGAAUUGAAAGACUGGUUCGUACCGUUGAUGUACAAACAAGUCCAAGAAGAAUCGGAGUAUUCCCGCCGCCGACAGGAGGUGGAGGGGUUCAACAAGACCCACAAAUGGAAUAAGCGCGGCCUUGCGCUCAUUCCUACCAAGUUUGGCAUCUCGUUCACCGCCAUCUUCCUCAACCAAGCCGGUGCGCUUGUGCACAUAUACCACGAUGGCUCUGUACUGGUCGCCCACGGAGGCACAGAAAUGGGCCAAGGUUUACACACCAAGAUGAUCAUGAUCGCCGCCGAGGCUCUCAAAGUUCCCCAAGAGAACGUGCAUAUCUCCGAGACCAUGACCAACACCGUCCCCAACAGCUCCUCCACCGCCGCUUCCGCCUCCUCAGAUCUCAACGGAUAUGCCAUUUGGAACGCUUGCGCCCAGCUGAACGAGCGGCUUGAGCCGUAUCGCCAGAAGCUAGGACCAGACGCCACAAUGAAGGACCUCGCGCACGCAGCAUACUUUGACCGCGUGAACCUAUCGGCAAAUGGCUUCUACAAGACGCCGGAUAUAGGGUACAUCUGGGGACCCAACACCGGACAGAUGUUUUACUACUUUACCCAAGGCGUAACGGCCGCAGAAGUGGAGAUUGACACCUUGACCGGCGACUGGACAUGCCGGCGUGCAGAUAUCAAGAUGGAUGUCGGACGCUCUAUCAACCCAGCCAUCGACUACGGUCAGAUAGAGGGUGCGUUUGUGCAGGGACAGGGCCUGUUCACCACGGAAGAGAUGCUGUGGCACCGUGCUUCUGGUCAGAUUUUCACGCGCGGGCCCGGUGCGUACAAGAUCCCAGGCUUCAGGGACAUUCCUCAGGAGUUCAACGUCAGCUUGCUCAAGGACGUUGAGUGGGAGAACCUCAGAACAAUUCAAAGGAGCAGAGGUGUCGGCGAACCGCCAUUGUUCAUGGGCAGUGCGGUUUUCUUUGCUAUUCGGGAUGCGUUGAAGGCUGCGAGGAAGCAGUUUGGCGAAGAGAGCGUGUUGAGUUUGCGUAGCCCGGCCACCGUGGAGAGGAUCAGGGUGAGCUGUGCGGACCCGAUUGUUAAACGGUCGAUGGUAGAGCCGAAGGAGGGCGAGAAGAGCUUCUUCAUCUCAAUCUAA